UGUACAGGGUUCUUUACCCAUGAGGCCAAAACUGUUUUAGGUAUAGCAGAUGUUUUGCCGCAGUGACGCGGCUAUCUGAGAGUCGCGUUUUGAUGACGUAAAUACGCAAGGAGGCGGAGACAGUACGUUUGAAGCGAGCGCGCGACACGGAAGACAAAACAGAAACACACGAAAUGAUGAAUAGAUUCGAAUAAAGUCGUUUUUUUGUGUAACAGCGGAAUCAUUAAAGUCAAUCUCGGGCUGCUCCAUCAUGCCUAUCCGUGCGUACUGCACGAUCUGCUCGGACUACUUCGACCACACCAGAGACGUGGCAGCGAUACACUGCGGUCACACGUUCCACUACGCAUGUCUUCUUCAGUGGUUCCAGUCGGCUCCCACGAAGACGUGUCCCCAGUGCAGGAAACAGGUCAGCACGAGACACAUCAUCAGUAAGCUGUUUUUUGACAUCGCGCCCGAUGAAGAGGGAUCCGCCGCCGACCCCGAGAGCCUACAGAACGAGCUGGACAGGAUGAAAGUAGUUUUAUGUGAAAAAGAGAGAGACUGGAGAGAGAAACAGAAAGCGACGGAGACACUGAAGGAGACGAUCGAGAAGCAGAGGGCCGACCUGGAGCGAGUGAGGAGAGAGAUCGGAGAGAAGGAGAUGCUCUGCACCACUCUGAGAAAGCAGAUGCAGUAUCUGGAGAGUCAGCAGAGGGAGAGCGACGCGGCUAAAGAGGAGGCUAAGAGGCUGCGCGUCAAAAUGAAAACAUACGAAAGCCUGGGCGUGGUGCUGCAGGGUCAGAGGGCUGAGGUGGAGGCCAUGAUCUCAGACAUGGGCGUGGGCCAGUCGGCUGUGGAGCAGCUCUCCAUCUACUGCAUCUCGCUGAAAAAAGAGUAUGAGAGUCUGAGAGGGAGCCUGCGGAGCUCCAACGAGACGUGUGAGAAGCUCAAGAGGGAGCUCUUCUCCUCUAAUAACAAGUUGCAGAAAGCUACACUAGAGAUGAACCGAGUGAAGGAUGACAUGAAGGCACUUCAGAACGACCUCAGCAACUCAGAUAAAGAGAUCACAAGUCUGAAGAAGAAAGUGGAGAUCCUCCAGAAGACCCUGAGCACUCCCACACGCACCAACGAGGCCAUCAGCCGUCUCGUGUUCGAGAGCCCCGCCCCUGUCGAGCUCAAGUGCCCACGCCUGCACCGGCCCUCGGACAGCCAGGACAUCGACCUCAACAUGACCUUUGACAUCACCACACCCGAGCAGGUGGAGAAGAAACCCGCGGCCAACCCCUCCAAGAAGAUGCUCCUCGAUCCGGCAACGACGUCGUCGAAACCUUGCGAGAACACGUUCAGGGGUAAGAUCUCGCACCACCCCAAAGACGACGAGGAGCCCGUGUUCAGGAACUCGCUGCUGUUUAGGAAGAAGAUGUUCGGCAGCAUGCUCGACCCACAGAGCAAAUCUGGAGCUGUCAGGACAGGCUACGAUGGACUCGGGGGACGAACCAAAUUCAUCCAGCCUUCUCCGCUGGCUGAGAUCCGGCCGCUCGUCAUGAGGGCGAAGCGCAAGAAAGUGUCGAGGCCUCCGCCGAGCAAACUCGCCCCCAGCCUCACCACGCUGGACGGCUUCCUGGAGUGACCUCUGACCCCACGGAGAGAGAGAGAGAGAGAGAAACUCAUCACCUGACGUUUCAUGUGGACUUGAGACUGAAACUGACGAGAGCGUGCUGGAGUUUUAUUAUAAACGGGUUAUAUUUAUUUUUGAUGUGUUUUUUUUAAAUAAUUGUGUAGAUUUCCUGUCAGAUCUUUUAUCUGUGCAUUUGUUUUUGUUCGUGUUCUUUUACUCUCUUGAAUGUGUGUACAUUUUCGAGUCAUAGUUAAUCCGGCUGUAGAGUGAGACUUAAUAAAACUGUAGUUUACUUGUUUUCUAUGCUCUGUUUUAAGCGGUUUUAUGAUUUCUUGGUGCAUCAUAUAAUAUAAUGUAGAUAAAAUGU